AUGGUUCCCUCAGGGACAAGAGAUCUUUUGUAUAUCGAGAUUCACGCCAUCGACUCAGACGUCGUGUGCCUCUCCGUGAACGCGACGACUACCUCUACAGGUGUCGUGACCGUCGCGAACCUCACCACGAGCAAGAACGCGAUAAAGGAAGUGAGUGGCUCGACGCUCUGCCAGCAGGUUGCGGAGUGGCUCGUCGCGGACUACAUUUUCACUGACGCCACUGCGCUGUUCGUGGAUCUCGACAAAGUCGUUUUCGACGGCGAAGUGUUGACCGCAGUCAUCACCGAUAACAUAGUGUAAAUGUGACUUCCUUUGGGGAGAUUUAUGGGCCGGCCGCGGACGAUGUGUACUAGUGUGGUGUUUGUAGA